GUAAUAUAGCUGGGGAUCUCAGGGCUCAUUGAUGUCACGAGCGUCUAAACGGGAGUGACAUACGUGGGCAUCGCGGCAACUGAAGCGCAGCGAGGCUUGACGCUGGCGAUAUGGAGGCCCUGUGAGCUGGCGGCAAAUACUUCGCAGUCUGCGCGUUGGUCUUGGGCGGGCGCCAGCGAUCAGCAAACAGCGUUUGACCACACGCCAAAUGUACCACUGGCCUCAGCCCUCCGCUGGGGCAGCGCUGGCGGCGGCCUUGCAGCAGCAGCAGCAGGACAACGCCACCAACUACGAUGCCUGGGUGGUGCGCAUCGCCUCCCUCGCGGAGGUGGUGUGGCCGGAAGCGCUGCCGCAAGAGCGGGGCGCGCCGCUGGACGACCCAGCCGGACCGGACGCGCGGCGGCAGCGCCGGCUGACGGCGAUCUGGGUCGCGCAACAGGUGGCCGCGGCCUCGGCAGAGGCCGCCACCAAGCGACCCUGGACCAUGGUGAGACGGCUGGCGGGCUACAUAUACCGCGAGGAGCCGGAGUUUUGGAGCAGCGGCGGCGGCCGCGAGCGGCCCAAGAUGCGCGAGUUCCUCCACGCGCCGGAGAGCUUUGGCGUGUUUACCGUGAACCGCCGGACCGUCGCGGACGGCAGCCAGACCGACUUCAUCCGCCUCAAUGAGGAUGCGCUGGAGGCACAGGCGCAGGCUGUAGCAAACAGCAUGCGCCCGGCAGCAGCAAACGGCGCGCGGCCGGCAGUAACAAACGGCGCGCGGCCGGCAGUAGCUGUAGCUAACAACAUGAGCGAGGAGUCGCUGCGGCCGCAGUACAUGCGGGCCGUGCUCCCGGUGCAGGUACAGGCCGGACAGCUGCAGCCACAGUAUGGCAACGGAAGAGGCGGCGACGCCGCCAGACACGGCGGUGGCGGCAGGCCGCGCGGCGGCGCAGCCGCCGCGGCAGACGGCGGCGGGGACUCGGACGACGACGGCGGCGAUGACCGGGAGGCUCUGGCGGGAAUCAACAUAUACAGCCUAGCCGACGCGGUCUGGGCAUCCCCGGGCAGCGACGCCGCAGGUGGAGCCGCCGCAGACGCCGACGGCCUGUCGUCGGCCCUGGAUAGGAGCGUGGCGGGCCUGGCGGCGGCGCUGCGCCGCUCCACGGCCGCGUACCUGUUCACCGCCAACGCCACGACGCGGCGGCGGGCGGUGCCUGUGGGCCUGGUGGGCGCGCACCUGAGGCGGCAGUACCCGGAGGUGUGGGCGGAGGACGCGCCGGGCGCCUACGCGCCGCUGCGGCGGGUGGGCGACACGCUGCUGCCGGGCCCGGCCAGCCGCGGCGCGUUCGGUGUGGUGCAGCUGGAGGCCGGCGACCGGGUCUGGCUGAGCCUCACCUCGCUGCGUGCGGCUGCUGCUGGCGGCGGCACGGGGGUGCUGGCGCCCGCGCCGGCGGCGUCCAGGGCUCUUGCCGGGCAGCAGCAGCAACAAGGCCGCGGCGGUAGCCGCAGGCAGCGCGACGGCAGCGGCGGCACCGGUGCCGAGGGCCUGGGUGACAUCAACGACUGGCGGCGGCUGGAGGCGGCGGCGCGGCAGCUGUGCAACAACAACACGCCGGGCGGGCGGCUGCGGCAGCAGGUGGCGUCCAUACUGGCGGGUGUGACCAGCGGGCCCGCGGGGCCACGCAGCAUGCUGAUGUCGGAUGUGGUGGAGGAGCUGCGCAUGCUGAGCCCCAACCUGCUGGAGGCUGUAGCGCUGGAGCUGGGCCGGCGCGGCGGCAGUAGCGGCAGGGCCGCAGAGCCGCUCGACAUACGGCCGCUGCUGCUACUGUCGCCGCCCGACACAGGCGCCGCAGGCGCAGCCGACGGGAGCAAGGAGGGCGGCGAGGAGAACGCAGAGGACUGGGACUUGGAGGCUUUGGCGGCGGCGACGGGUCUGAAGGAUAAGCUGCAAGUGCGCAAGAACGGGGCCGCGGCAGGCGGCGCCAGCAGGCGCGACUUUCUCAGCGCGCAGGGCCCCACACACACCGGCGACUGGGUCCUGUGGCUGGAUGCGGUGGCGUUGCUGCGUAUGGCCGUUGACGCGGGGCCCCCAACGUCGACGGCGGCGGCGUCAGCAGCGGCGGCGGCGGUGCCCGUGGUGACUGCAGUGGCGCUGCCGCCGCUGGUCGACAUCCGUGAGUCCUCUCUGGCGGCGCGGCUGGCGGCGACGAGGCCGGUCGCAGCGCCGAGCGCAGCGGUGCAAACCGUCUCUGCUGUGGUGCAGGACCAACAAACGCGGCCACAAGGCUGGGACUUCCCGCCCAUGCCGUCAACGGCCGAGGAGGUGGCGGGAGCAGCAGCCGCGGCGGCAGCAGCCCUGCGUCUCGGCGGUGGGGGCGGCAGCGAGGAACCGGCGGCCGCGAGCGGUCACAGCUUCGAUGCUAGGAGCGGCGGUAGCGGCGGGGCGGGCAUAUACCGGACAGGAAGCGGGGCAGAGGCCUCCGCGGGCAGAGACGUCCGGUUUACUUCAGCACCGGCGGCGGGGCCUGCAGCACCAGCUGCACUCGCCGUGGCAGUAGCAUCAGCAGCAGCAGCACUGGCGGCGCCUGAGUCUUCUGAAGAACUGCUGCAGCGUGUCUUUCCCCACCCCAGCAAGGCCCCGCCCCUGUGGAGCCUCCUCCAAGACGCGGAGCCGGCGGCAGCGGGCGAGGCGCUGGAGGACGACGGCGACCAGCCCGUGAACGGCCCUGACAGCCACGGCGGCUGGCGGCAGGUGCCGCACAAGCAGCAGGCGCAGCAGGCCCGGACGAGUAAACCCAUGUCACGGUCGGUAAUGCUGGCGGUGGCGGGCGCGUACGUGCGGCGGCUUGUGGCAGGCAGGCUGCUGCAGGUCCCCGGCCACGAGAUGUCGUUCGGGGUGCUGCUGCCCGAAUUGAAGGAGGCUCUGGGGCCGCAGCUGCUCCCGCUCAUGGGCGGCGGCAACGUGCGGCGGUCGCUGAUGGCGGAGCCCGACGUGUUCGAGGUGGAGCAGAUGGAGCAGGACCCGUACGCGACCAAGCCUCACUUUAUGGUGCGCCUUCUGGUCGACGGCCUCGCCAAGCGCGGGGCGGAGGCCGCCGUUGCCGGGCCCCGCACGCGCAGCACCGCCACAAACACCCGUCAGCGGGCCCCUGCGCCCGCAGCCGCUGGGCCCGUCAUUGCAGCAGUGCCGGCACAACCCCAAGCACCUGCGCCAGGGCCCCUGCCGGCACAAGAAAUGGCGCCAGCGGCCGCGGCGGAGGCGGCGCAUGCCGCAGCUGUGGCGGCAGCUGUGGCGGGCUCGGUUACCGUAAAGGCAGCGCUGGCGCGCGCUGCCAGCUAUGAGCGAGAGACGCGCCAUGGCGACUCUGCAAAGCCCGGCCGCUCGCCAUCCGCCACAUCUGGCGGCGGCGGCGGCGCUGCUGCAUUCCAUGCCGGCGCAAGUGGCGGCGGCGGCGCGGAGGCAGCCGAGGAGACCGCGGCCGCACCGUCGGGCACCCCUGGGUAUGCCGCAACAGCUCCGCCGGUGAUGCAGCAGGCGGUCGUGAUGGGACAGCCCCACAGGCCGCUGCCGGCGGUGCACCCGCAAGUGACGGGCGCCGUGCCCACUGCUGCAGCGCCCAUGCCGCCGCCCAUGGCAGCAGCACCCACGGUGGCAGCAGCCACGCCCAGCGCCCCGGGUCAGGCCGGGGCCGUUGACGUCGAGGGUGACGAUGAAGAUGACGAUGAUCAGAGGGCCAUGGUCGCCAUGCUGUUGCACGGCACCGCGGUUGCAGAGCCCGGAGCUGCUGCCGGGCAGGGUAAGACGGCGCCAGUGGCUGCAGGCGCAGCGGCUGCGGCGCCCGCAGUGGCACACGUCCAGAUGCCGGCGCCCCUUGUGCCGGUGCCGGCACCGCUGCCGGUGCCGGCACCGGCGCCGGAGCCGGCUUCAUCACUUGCCGGUGGUGUCCAGCCGCUGCCGGGGUCAUCUCUUGUCGGCACCCAGCUGCUGCCGGCCUCUGUCGAAACAGCACCACUGCCCGGUGUUAUUUUGCAGCAGCCCACUCAUGUUCUCCACGAGCAGCAGCAGCAGCAGUACAUGCAGCAGCAACAGCUGCAACAGCAACAGCAGCAGCAACAGCAGCAACAACAGUGCGAGCAGCAACAGCAGCAGUACCAGCAACAGCAGCAGUACGAGCAGCAGCAGCAACAGCAGCAGCACCAACAACAACAGCAGCGACAACAGCAGCAGCAGCAGCAGCAGCAGCAGCAGCAGCAGCAGCAGCAGCAGCAGCAGCAGCAGCAACAGCAGCAGCACGAGCAGGAGGUGGCCUACCUCCAGGUGCAGCAGCAGGACCUGUCAGACGCAGUCGUGGCCGAGGCCCAGGCCGCGGCGGCGUUGACCUACCUGCCUGCAGCACAGGUGUUCCUGAUUCACUCCCCUCACACAGCCGAGUACGCGCAAAUGGUGCAGCACGUGGCGGGCUGCGACUCUCUGGGGCUGAGCGUGCAGCGCACCGCCCAGGGCUCGUGCGUGCUGGUGUCCAUCUACGCGCCCUGCAGUAUGGUCAUGGACGCCGCGGGCAACGUGGCGCGGGAGGGCUUCGAGACAGCCACCUACGUCCUGGACCUCACCUCGGGCAAUGCCGCCACCGCGCUGGCGGCGUCCGCGGCGGCGGAGGGCCGCCACGUGGACGCGGCGGAGCUGGAUGCGGCGAGCGCGGCGGAGCAGCAGGGCGUGCUGGCGCUCAUCGACGGGCUGCGGCAGCUGCUGGAGAACCCGGGCCAGCACAAGAUUGUGUACGGCGCGGAGCAGGCUGUGAGCUGCCUGGAGGUCGCGACGGGUGCCACGGCGGUGGCGGUGCUAGACGUGCGCGGCCUGGUGGACGCACUGGUCACCCUGCUGCCGCCGCUGCCGCCGCCGCCCUCCAUCCCCGGCUUCGCCGCAGCAGCCGCGACGCUGCCGCCGUCCGAGCGCCUGGUGUGGAUGGCCACAGCGAUGGCGGCGGUGCAGGCGCACGUGUCGGCGUUGCACGCCGCGCUGGUGGGCACGGGCGUGUGGACGGAGGCACCGGAGCUGCUGGCGGCGCUGGUGGCACGGCACGCGACGGCCCUGCGUGACGACCUCUGGGCGGCGGACGGCAGGGACUGGAUGUGGCUGCAGCAGCGGCCUCUGGCCGACGGUGUGGUGUUGCUGGCGGCGGCGGGCUGCCGGCACCUGCCCGAGCUGUGGACCUCGCUCAUCGAUGAGCGGCGGCUGGCUGACGUGGCGUACCAGGCCGCGACACUCCGACUGCAGGCGGUGCGCGCUGCCCGGCGGCAGCAGUAGCAAACGUGCAGCGAUGAUGGCAGCAGCGGCAGGAGCAGUAGCGGCAGGGACAUGCAUGUAGAAGCUUGAGGCGGAGCGGUUGCAGGGGCGUCAACUGUAUUGCAGGGCUAGCACUUACAGUGGCCCUUGAAUCAUGGGAGGCUGGCAGUAGCAUGUGUAGUAGAUGUAAGAUUGUGUAUUGCAUGUGGGUGUGUUAGGACAGCAGAAGGGGAAAGGGACGAAACUGUGCAUGCAAAUGAGCAAGCGAAUAGCGGCCGCAUGUGUGCAUGUGUGUGGUGGUAGACAGAGAGGUCACUUGCCCAUGUCACAGUCCUGGUAAGCACCCAGCAGUGCCGCAUGCGCGCGAGGUACGGCAAGCGGUACUGACGUGGUGCGAGUGAACCGGUGCCAUACAUCGUACGGGUUGGCGUAGUUUGGCCUGUAAUGAAUGAGCGUGAUGUGCCUCGUGUGAGCUUUGGACUGAGGGCCACGUCUUCAAGACCUUCGUGGAGUGCAAAUUAUUGGAAGACGGAAUUUGCACCAGCAGUGCAGCACGACUGGGCCCAGCCCGCGGCAAGCACGUCGGGACUGCUGGAACUGCGACGCAGCUUGCGUCUGCAGCUGAUUAAAUGGACGAGGA